AUGUGGCGUACUGUUGCAGACAUCUUCGCCAAACCAAGCAAAGGCCAUAUUCAGCAGCUGCGUCUUCAACUACAACAAUUCUCCAAAGGUGACAAGACCGUCGACGAGUAUAUGCAAGGGUUAACAACUCGUUUCGACAAACUUGCACUUCUUGGUAAGCCUCUCGAUCUUGAUGAGCAAAUUGAAGCUGUUCUUCGUGGUCUUCCAGACGACUACAAAUCCGUUGCUGAUCAAGUUGAAGGACGUGAAGUAUCUCCUAAGCUCACCGAAGUCCAUGAAAAGCUUUUCAACAAAGAGGCUCAAUUACUCACCGCUGCUCUUAUGGUGUCUUCCUCUACUCAUGUCUCUGCCAACGUUGCUACGUCUCGUCCUCGUCAGCAUCAACAGCGACACACCCAGCGCCCACAACAACAAUGGAACAACAAAAACAAUCACACCUACAACUCUCAACGUCAAGACACUCGCGGCUAUCAAGGCAAGUGUCAGUUGUGUGGUGUCUUUGGUCACAGCGCAAAACGUUGUUCCCAACUAUACCAAUCUCACGGCUCUCCCCACGGUGGUCUGCUUCCAACACCUGUUCGUCCAUGGCAGCCGAGUGCUAAUCAUGCUCUCACUGCUCCGCCUUCUACAAACUCGUGGCUUUUGGAUAGUGGAGCUACUCAUCACAUGACUAGUGAUCUCCACAGCCUCACCUCGCCUCGCCCAUAUCACGGUGCUGACUCUGUUCUCAUUGGUGAUGGUUCCGCUCUCCCUAUCACUCAUACUGGUUCACUAUCUCUACCCUCUUCUUCUCGUCACCUCAAUCUUAAUCAUGUCCUAUGUGUCCCUAAUAUUCACAAAAACUUAAUAUCUGUCUAUCGGUUAUGCAAUGAUAACAAAGUGUCUGUUGAAUUUGCUCCUGCUGCCUUUCAGGUGAAGGAUCUGAGCUCGGGUGUCCCGUUACUCCAAGGCCGACCUAAAGACGAGGUUUAUGAGUGGCCGGCGUCUACUGUAUCUGCCUUCUUUGCUUCAUCGUCAUCAACACCAACAUUAGUGAACUGGCAUCAUCGCUUAGGCCACCCUAAUUNCUCACAAUAA